AUGCACAACCAUAGAAUUGAUUCGUUCCUGAUAUCAGAGAAUGUCAAAUUGGAAAUCGUUCAUGAAUCAAAUCCUUAUUUUGCCGGUGAACACAUCUCUAUGGUGUUCAGAUUGAAACAUCUGGGAUUGCAAAAGGAAUAUGAUAUUUUAACGGAUAAGAUUAGUAAGAUACAUCAAAAACUUGAAGAACAAUUUGAAAAUGCAAAACAAGUGGAUCAAGAAGCCAACGACAAUAUUACCGCCUCCGGCGAAAGAUGGUCAAUGAAAUCUCUAUUCAAUGCGUUCAGGAAGGACCUUGUUGAUCCAAGUGAGAAACUCAAAGUUGAUGAGCAGCUAGCCAAUGAUCAAGAGUAUAUGUCCCACAUCACUAAGCAACUUCAAUAUCAUAAACCCGUGAAUUUGAUAUCUGGCUACGUCCAAAUUUCAGGAACUUUCCAGUACAAUGCAAGUAUCAUUGAUGAUACAAAAUUUUCAAAUGAUGAAACUAAGAUAGUGGGUGUAAAUAGUAGCAUGCGAACGGAAUUCACGAAUCAUGCGAAAAAUAAGGAAACUAUUGCCUAUUUUCAAUCCAAUUUUGAGUCAGUUACUUCUGGCCUCAUGAAGAAAAAUCAAAUAGACGGCAAUGGAGGUUUAAGAAAUAAUACUAUAGCUGUAUUAGAUUCAGCAAAUUUUCAAGAUUCUGAAUAUAAAUCAAUUCCAAUACUAUUAAUACCCCAAUCAUUAUUAUUCUCAGAAAUAACUUUACAACCCGGUGAAACGAAAAUAUUUCAUUACAAAUCAUCAAAACUCCCCGAAGAUCUGGUUCCAACUUAUAGAGUUUCAGAUAAUUUUUCCAUCAAUUAUAACAUGUCAUUUGGUGUUAGUAAAGUAAUAUCAAAUACUAUUGUGCCAUCAACAAUUGGGGUUCCUAUCUAUAUUUCUCCGUACGUGACAAAAAAUGGAUUUCAAUACAAUUUUCAAGUAGACAAACCUCCAGUUAUCCUUUCAAGUGCUACAAUAAAAGAAUUAAAGAAAUCCACCGGAGCAAUGAAACGUUCUGUAUCAGUAUCAUCCGCAAUAACAUUUCCCCGUAGAAAAAGUUCCACAACAGCUAAUUUUCAAAAAGAAUCCACUGAAAAGAUUGAAUUUCUGAAGAAAAAUUUCAUAAAAUUGAUUGAAUCGAAUGAAAAUGAAGCUAAAGAUGUUGAUGAACUAAUCGAGCUACAGGUAGCAGAACAAUUUCCAAAACUAGAUGAGCUUUCUGAUAAUGAGUAUUCAGUAAGCUCAGUAAAUCUCAACAAAAGCAACAGAUCAACUAGGCGGAAUGUUAAAUUAUUGAGGGAAACGGUGACAGUCUCUUCACCUGAGGAGACUCCAGGUACAGGGACAAAUAUGGCUUCACAAAUAGCAAACUUACAAAAACGCUACAUUAUAAAUAGAAACGGUCAGUUUUUAGCCAAGAUAUCGUUUUCAAAAUUAUUUUACACUACUGCUGAAGACAUUAGCCUAGUAAUUCAUCUUGAUAACGAUGCGUCGUCCCAAUUGAAAGUUAGUGCAAUCAAUGCCAAUUUGGAAUCUAUGGAGCUAAUCAAUCCAAAAGCUGCAAUUGAUCCGAGUGAAGAUAUUGUAAUAAAGCCAAAAACGCACAUCAUAUCCGAAUUUCAUGUUACAUGCUUUGACGACUCGACAUCCAUACCGUUGAAGCUUACAACACCAAAGAGUCCACUGAACCAACUCCCAAGUCAAUUUAAAACGAACAUAUUUCAGUUGAGAUGGAUAAUCAAUUUAAAGCUCAUCCUGAUUUCCAAGACUGACCAUACCAAUCUGUUUCAAUUUUAUGAAGACCAGAAGGGGACUUUAUUCCAUUCUAUUGAAAACCUAGAAGGCGAAGAAUUCACCUGUCGGAUCCCCGUCACUCUCCUUCCUCCAACAGAAAGUUUUGGUGGUUGGUAG